AUGUCAAAGCCUUCUUAUGAUGAACUCCUAUCAAGGAUAAAGGAGUUAGAGCUUGAAAAUGAAAAAUUAAAACAAGUCAGCAAGCCAUCACACGUCUCAUCAGAUAGCCAAACAUUAUACCCAAAAGUAGAUGAGUACUUUUCAUUAGAUGAAUAUAAAAGAUAUGGUAGACAAAUGAUAGUGACAGAAUUCGGAUCAUUACCUUCCCAGAUCAAAUUGAAGAAAUCAAGUAUUCUUGUGGUAGGUGCUGGUGGGUUAGGAUGUCCUGCCCUUCUUUAUUUAUCAGCAGCUGGGAUUGGGAAAAUAGGUAUCAUCGAUGAUGAUAUAGUUGAUAUAAGUAACUUACACAGACAAGUAUUGCAUACUACUGAUAAUGUAGGAAUGUAUAAAUGUGAUUCAGCUAAGAAAUACAUAUCUCGAUUAAAUCCUCAUGUCACAGUGGAAACUUAUCCCUUCAGACUUUCUAAUGAUAAUGCAUUUGAAAUCAUCUCAAAAUAUGAUUUAGUCCUUGAUUGUACUGAUGCUCCAGCAGCAAGAUAUUUAAUCAACGAUGUAUCAGUAUUAUGUGGUAAGACUAUAGUCAGUGGGUCUGGGUUAAAAUCAGAUGGUCAACUUUCAAUAUUAAAUUUUGAAAAUUUCGGUCCAUGUUAUAGAUGUUUUUAUCCAAAGCCUCCAGCUCCAGAAUCCGUUACAUCUUGUUCUGAUGGUGGUGUUAUUGGUCCAGCUAUUGGAUUAGUUGGUUUAACUAUGGCCAUCGAGACUAUAAAAGUUUUGACUGACUAUUAUACCAAGGAUAAUUUUAAACCUUUCCUUGCUCAAUAUACUGGUUAUCCUCAUCAACAAAUAAGACAGUUUAAAAUGAGAAAUAGAAAACCAGAUUGUGGGGUUUGCGGUGAUUCGCCUCAAAUAGAUCAAUCCACCAUUGAAAGUAAUGCUAUCAAUUAUGCUGCCUUCUGUGGAAAGUUUGAUCCAAAUGUAUUGGAUGCUAAAUACAGAAUAAAUGUUAAACAAUUACAUGAUAUCAAAAAUCCAAUCCUUAUAGAUGUUCGUCCUAAAGAACAAUUUCAAAUCACCAAACUACCAAACUCAAUAAAUAUUCAAUGGGAUCCAAUAUUUAAAAAAUUAGAUAGCAUAGAUGAUUAUUUACCUUCUGAUUUCAAUAAGGAAUUAGAUGAAGUUUAUGUUAUUUGUCGGUAUGGUAAUGAUUCACAAUUAGCCGCAAAGAAAUUAAUCGAAGAGUUUAAGUUUCCUACAGUUAAAGAUGUUAUUGGUGGAUUAAAUCAAUGGAGUGAUCAAAUUGAUCCAAAAAUUCCUAAAUAUUAA